CGGGGGCUUGGCUGCGCGCGCCGACGCUUUCCGCCCUCUGAGGCUUGUCUCCGCGUCCUUCGGUCAUGGCUGUGCUAGCGGCCCUUCUGCGCGGUGGCGCCUGCGGGCGCAGCCCCCUGCUCCGGAGGCCGCUGCAGGCAAUCAGAUACGUGGAGCGAAGUUACGUGUCAAAACCCACUUUGAAUGAGGUGGUCAUAGUAAGUGCUGCAAGAACACCCAUUGGAUCCUUUUUGGGCAGCCUUUCCUCCCUGCCGGCCACUAAACUUGGUUCCAUUGCAAUUCAGGGAGUCAUUGAAAAGGCAGGGAUUCCAAAAGAAGAAGUGAAGGAAGCCUACAUGGGGAAUGUCCUACAAGGAGGCGAGGGACAGGCCCCGACGAGGCAAGCGGUGCUGGGUGCAGGCUUACCUAUUUCUACCCCGUGCACCACUGUAAACAAAGUCUGUGCCUCCGGAAUGAAGGCCAUCAUGAUGGCCUCUCAGAGUCUCAUGUGUGGGCAUCAGGAUGUGAUGGUGGCAGGUGGGAUGGAGAGCAUGUCCAAUGUCCCCUACGUCAUGAGCAGAGGAGCCACCCCAUAUGGUGGUGUAAAGCUUGAAGAUUUGAUUGUAAAAGAUGGACUCACUGAUGUCUACAAUAAAAUCCAUAUGGGAAACUGUGCUGAGAACACUGCGAAGAAGAUGAACAUUACACGGGAAGAGCAGGACACAUAUGCGCUGAGCUCCUACACCAGGAGUAAAGUGGCGUGGGAGGCGGGAAGAUUUGGAAGUGAAGUGAUCCCAGUCACAGUCACAACCAAAGGCAAACCAGAUGUACUGGUGACAGAAGAUGAAGAAUAUAAACGUGUUGACUUUAGCAAAGUUCCAAAGCUAAAGACAGUUUUCCAGAAAGAAAAUGGCACAGUAACAGCUGCCAACGCAAGCACGCUGAAUGAUGGUGCUGCCGCUGUGGUGCUGAUGACUGCAGAUGCAGCCAGGAGGCUCAACGUGAAACCGCUGGCAAGAGUAGCAGCAUUUGCUGAUGCUGCUGUGGAACCUAUUGAUUUUCCAGUUGCACCUGCGUAUGCUGUACCUAAGGUUCUUAGAGAUGCAGGACUGAAGAAAGAGGACAUUACGAUGUGGGAAGUAAAUGAAGCCUUUAGCCUGGUUGUACUAGCAAACAUCAAAAUGCUGGACCUGGACCCCCAAAAAGUAAACAUGAAUGGAGGAGCUGUUUCUCUGGGACAUCCGAUUGGGAUGUCUGGAGCCAGGAUUGUCGUUCACUUGGUUCAUGCCUUGAAGCAGGGAGAAUAUGGUCUUGCAAGUAUUUGCAAUGGAGGAGGAGGUGCUUCUGCCCUGUUGAUCCAGAAGCUGUAGACAACUUGUGUCAUCCAAAGCAACAAUACUACAUGGAUCCUGUAAUCAUGACUGACCACCUGGGUCAGGUUAUUCAAUCUGUUUCAUUUUCUAUUUUUUUUCUAAUAUUUUUAUAAGCAGAUAAGUUCAGCUCUCAAACCUUCUGAAAUUAUAAAUUUUUCUUCCUGUUUUAAAA